GCUCAAAACUUUCGCUUUCGCUCCUACGAGGUCACUUAAUUUUUAGUUAAGGACUUCUGCAUUUAUGUUUACGGCGAGGUGUUUUUGUCUAGAACUUUUAUACACUUCAUUAUAUUAUCUGGCUACUGCAUUGUGAUUAAAAUCAUUUUAGAAGCUUGAGCAGCAUCAGAAUAAAAUUUUGAUAUAUAGUUUUUCCGUUUGCAAGGUGGGGACGUGAUUAAACUGUUCGAGCCACUUUUCACAUGUAGCUUAUCUCUGACAAGUUUUGUUCUCGUUAAGACACAGUUUGUGUUGAAGAUGGAAGAAGGAGCUAAGAUGCACAUGAAAGAGUGGCUGAUAGCUCAGAUAGAGAGUGGGAAAUAUGAAGGACUGUGCUGGGAAGAUGAGGACAAAACUAUGUUCAGGAUCCCGUGGAAGCACGCAGCUAAGAAGGACUACAAACAGACGGCGGAUGCAGCUCUCUUCAAGGCCUGGGCUGUGUACAAGGGCAAGUACAGGGAGGGGAGGGAUAAAGCUGACCCCACCAUGUGGAAGACCCGUCUCCGCUGUGCUCUCAACAAGAGCACAGACUUCCAGGAGGUCCCUGAACGCAACCAGCUGGACAUCACUGAACCCUAUAAAGUCUACCUUAUCCAGCAAGACAAUGUGCCAGCCGUGCCAGCCAGGCCAGCAGAGUCUCCCCAGACAAAGGAUCAAGUGAUCAUCCAGGCUAAGAGGUCUCCAAAGAGCCCCGGUUUUCUGGACAGACAGCUUCAUUAUCAAAAUGAAUCAUUUCAAGCAUGUAAAGAAGAAGAAGAAAAACCAUUGACUGAGGAUCUGCUGAGGGAGCACAUGUAUUGUGAGUUCACAGGAAAUAAACCUCAAAAUCACAGCCCUGCUCCCUUACCCUUCCUCAGCCCUACACUUACUAUAUCAGACCUUCGUAUGCAGGUGAUAUUGUUGUACCACGGCCAGAGGGUGAUGAAAGUAACCACCAGGAGCCCAGAUGGGUGCUUCAUCCUGCAGGGCUGUGUCCCCUUGGGAAACGAACGGAUCUACGGGCCCUGCACUGCCCAGCAGCUCUCCUUGCCUUCCCCAGGCUCUGUGUCCCUGCCGUCAUGCAUAGCUGAAGCAAUGAACCGACUUCUUUGUCAUCUGGAGAGGGGUGUGCUAUUAUGGGUGGCCCCAGAUGGGGUGUUCAUCAAGCGGUUCUGUCAAGGCAGGGUAUACUGGAGUGGCCCCAUGGCCCAACACACUGACCGACCCAACAAACUGGAGCGAGAAAAGACCUUCAAACUGCUUGAUAUACCCACAUUUCUCAAUGGGCUCCAGAGGUGUUUACAGGGGAAGGGACCUACACCUUCUUAUGAAAUUGAGCUCUGUUUCGGAGAGGAAUAUCCAGACCCCAACGUACCUAAAACCAAGAAGCUGAUCAUGGCGCAGGUGGGUGGAAAAGGUGGUGCCCUUGUUUGCAGUGGAACUUCUACAGAGGUUCAACUUGGGAGAGACUGAGGAGGUACGUCCAACUCUCACCUCCAACACAGAGGGUGAGAAGAUGUAGGAAGACAGGAAAAGCUACCCUGCACCAGGGUAGCCAUGAACAAUAUACAAGUGGAUUAUUGAAGCUUUAUUCCUUCCCUGUCAUCAUCAUGAAAGACAUCCUAAGAGCAGAGCAGAAAAAUACAGAGUGUCAUCACUGGAUAAGUAUAUAUGAUGGAGAAAUGAUGGAGGUGGUGCAUCGUAGACCUAGUAUUUGCAAUGCAUAAAGGAAAAGUCAAAGUAAUUUCCUUUAUUUUUACCAUAUAUUGAUUUUUUUCACGUCCACCAUGCAGCUAGACUGGCAAGAGCUAUCACCUGCUGUUAAAGCAAACAUCUUGUUUAACCCAAUAAAACAUGCUGAUAACAUACUGUUAAUGUAAAAAAAAAGCCUGCAUUUUUUGUUAACCCCAUAUUCAGCAUAUGUAUUAAAUGAUAAUUUAAGAGUAUAGUACUUUACAACACAUGUAGAGAAUAAAUUGACACCUUUCAUUAAAUCUAUAAAGCUUU